AUGGCGCCAUCGGAUACCAGGUUUGAGGUGGAGAAGUUCAACGGAACUGGAAGCUUUGGGUUAUGGCAGACAAGGGUGAAAGAUUUGUUGGCACAACAGGGAUGCUUGAAGGCGUUGUUGCAGGAAGCCAAGCCAGCUAAGAUGGAGGCGGAUGACUGGGAGGAGUUACAGUUGAAAGCAGCCGGGACUAUACGGUUGUGUCUGUCGGACCAGAUUAUUUAUCAUGUGAUGGAUGAGAAUUCGCCGAAGAAGAUCUGGGAGAAGCUGGGAAAUCUGUUUAUGUCCAAGACAGCGAGGACCAAGGUGUAUCUGAAGCAAAAGUUGUAUGGGAUGAGGAUGCAGGAGGGGUUCACAGAAACAGCUAGGACUUGGUACGUACUGCUGCUCGAGGAAAAAUCAACAACGCGGUCUUUUAAAAUUUGGGUUGACUCUUCUCCUUUUCCGUCGGGAAAGACGAAAGAUGUUUCGAGGGAACGUUCAUCCCGUUCUGUCUCCGGCUGCUCAUAUAUAGUAGAGCUUUGCAGCCUGGUGAGCUCAAAAUUCACAAAGCACAAUCCUCUCCGUUUCUCCAACACCAAGUCUCUCUCUCCCCCGCCCCCUCCUUCAACAAUUGUGCUUCAUGUGCUCCAGCUCCCGGCGGGCUCAGCAGUCGGGCGCGCUUUGUGUGCUCGAGCUCCACCGUACAAGGAUCCAUGUGAUUUCUGGCACUGGGAACUAGAGUACGUGGAUCAUCUUGUUGGUACAAGUGUCCUUGUUGGUGCUUAUGCCCUUGAUGCAAUGGUUGCGGCACAGGAUAGAAGGGAACAGCUACAACGCGCAAAAAAACAGUGUGAAAAGAAUGCAUGUGCCAAGAGUGGCAACAUUGGAGGCAGGACAAAUUACAGUCAGAGCAAUGUGGCAACCAUUACGAAGCACCAAGCUUAUACGAUGUUAGGACUAGGGAGACAAAUUGUUUUCAUGCUGAAGCUGUUGACGGCUAGUGUAAUGGUGUUGUGUGUGUUGCUGAUUGUGAAGAAAUAGUAUAUUUGUGAUCGUAUCAAGGCGAUUAUCAUGGUCACAUGUAAUAAUAGCUUAAUAAGAAGAGGUGUUCUAACAUGAUACCUCUUACACC